AUGGUCUUCGUGAAGCCUUUCGUUCUGGAUAACUGGGUUCGCCAGUUCAAACCUUUAGCCAGCGCAUCUCUUCACGGUGUCGAGGGGAGAUUAGAUACAUGUGUGGAUCCACUAUCGUUGCAAGAACUCUCACAAUUGCAAGCACCUAGCUCGUCGACUGGUCCCAUCAAUGCGUCUAAUGCCUUGCUUUAUGGUUCAGUGCUGGGAAGUCUCGGUCUUCGGGACAAAAUCCUUUCGCUCUAUGCCAGCGACGUGACUGAUCCCGCCGAAGAAUUAUCUCUUACCGUUAUGCAAGGUGCCAUAUCUGCCAACUUCUUGGUACUAGAUACGCUUCUAGGUCCGGGCGACCAUGUCAUCUGCCAGUAUCCUACAUAUCAACAACUAUACGAUGUACCCCGCCGAGCAGGUGCACAGGUAACGCUCUGGCGUACGUGUCAAGAGAAAAGAUGGAUUCCUGAUACAACAGAACUCUCGUCGCUGGUCAAAGAGAACACGAGGAUGAUAAUAAUCAACAAUCCCAACAACCCGACCGGUGCAUCAAUCCCAUUCAGAGUCCUUGAGGAAAUCGUCUCAUUCGCCGAGAAGCGAGGUAUAAUAAUCCUUAGUGAUGAGGUUUUCCGUCCUCUCUUUCACCGUCCCACAGAGAGUCCCCCUUCAAUCAUCGCUUUCGCUGGUUGGUAUAAGAACAUUAUCGCUACAUCCAGCCUAUCAAAGGCAUACUCACUACCAGGUAUUCGGGUUGGUUGGGUUAUCUCUCCUAAUGCGGAUCUAGUGCACCAGGUCGUCAUGGCCAGGGACUACACCACCAUUUCCGUCUCGCAGAUAGAUCAAGACAUCGCGACGUAUGCACUCGAUGCCCCGGUGCGAGAGAGAAUCCUUCAGCGAUCAUUAGCAGCGUGUGAACGCAAUCUCGCAACGCUAGGGAAAUUUAUCGCGUCGCAUGCUGACCACUUGCGUUGGGUCAAGCCGAGUGGUGCGUCGGCGGCAUUUGUGCAGGUGAUAGAUCCCGAUAUUGGUGCGCCGGUUAAUGACAAGUCUUAUUGUGAGGAGCUUGUCCGCAAAACUGGAUUGUUGAUUGUGCCUGGUGGUGAAACAUUCGGUACAGAGGAUGAAAAGGACUUUAAGGGGUACCUGAGGGUGGGAUUUGUUUGUUCUCCUGAGAGGUUUGAGCAGGCGUUGGCGAUUUGGGACGAGUAUCUGAAUUGGGAUCAACAUCUAGAAUCCAAUCGAUAA